CACUGACAAUCGCGUAUACGACCUCUCCAAUACUUCCUCUGUUCGCCUUUCUCUCUCGACACUUGUAAUAUCCACUCGAUCUACUGUAAUAUAUCAUCAUGUCUACGAAUUGCAGGCGUCGCCUCAUCAGGGACUUCAAGAGACUGUCGUCCGAUCCGCCGGGCGGGAUCUCCGGUAGCCCAUGUCCAGAUAACAUCAUGUUAUGGAAUGCGGUGAUCUUCGGACCCGCGGACACGCCUUUCGAGGACGGGACCUUCAAGCUCGUCCUCACCUUUGAAGAGUCAUACCCAAACAAGCCUCCUGCGGUCAAGUUUCUUUCUCGCAUGUUCCACCCGAACGUCUACGCCAACGGCGAGCUCUGCUUGGACAUUCUGCAAAACCGGUGGUCUCCAACUUACGACGUCGCCGCUAUCCUAACCAGUAUCCAGAGUUUGUUGCAUGAUCCCAAUCCCAAUAGCCCGGCGAACGCGGAGGCUGCUCAGUUGUAUCGGGAGAACAUGAAGGAGUAUGUUCGGCGGGUGAAGGAAACCGUCGAGGAGAGUUGGCUUGAUCCAGAAGAGAAGGAUAGGAUGGAUGAAGAGGACAGGGCGGCCUCAGCGCAUUGAACAUCCUUGAAAGGAUCACUCAGUUACCCCUCCACUUGUCCGAUUACUCCUUCUCGCCUGUUCGAUAAUCAGAACGUUCGGCCUCAGGUUUCUGAUCCAUCAUUUCCAUUUGUCGCAUUUCGUCGUAGUUGCAAUAUACCAAGACAUGUCUCGAUCAAGUGGUAUGCAUGGCCACUAUCCACCUUCCUUCUCGGGCGUUGAG